CUUUGGCAUCAAAAUGGCGACCACAACAAAUUUGUGCGAUAAAAAUGGAUGCAUGUGCCGCCCGAAUUUUGGUAAUUGAUAUUAAUACUAGAAAAUAUUGAAUAGCAGCCCCAUAGAGAGACACAAUGUCUCUGAAGACGGGCAGUCCCACCCGGUCAUCCAAGAUGGACAACCUGGAUGGUACAACAUCAAAGCUGGACAUUCUUUCCAGUCGCACGCCGGACAAGCAUGACAAACAAGAGAAGAGAAAGAGUACAUCUGAUUAUUCUGCAUCGACUCUUCACCCGGCCAGACAACCAUUGUUUAAAGGGAAAGUGGUUACCUUGGAUUCAAAGUUGGAGAAUCGCCUCAACAUGAAGGACCUGGACAGACUGCAGGACGCUUUCAUGACAAAAACCCCAGUUAUGAAACAUGAGUUAGUGUAUUGGAACGAGGGGGACGGUUAUGACAACAAGUUGAGCCUAAACCGGGAACAGUUCUGUGAGGCCCUGUCCAUCCUGCUCAACAAGGGAUCCAAGGACGAGUACCAGGAUCUGUUUGACAAGAUAGAUGUGACCCGGGAGGGUUAUGUGGACUGGGACAAGUUUGCCCAGCACAUGCUGCUUGAGUUCUACGAGAAGGACGACCGUGUCAAGUCCACACAGGUCCCCCAGUGGAAGGAUCUCCGGCACCUAAACAGUCCCCACAAAGAAGCUAUUCAGAGGGUAUCCUUUCUUAAAAAUGGCAACAGAUAUAUAUCCAUUAGCAAGGAGGGUACAAUCUCCAACUGGGGUUUGGAUUUGAAGCUCCAGCGAGCCCUCAAGACCGGCACAGACUCAUGCAAGGCCCGUGACCUCUGGGUCACAUACUUUGUCAUACUCCAAAAUGUCAACAAAAUUGCCCUCGCAUUCACCAGCAAGGAAAUAGCAAUCUAUGACCUGAGUUCAAAGGUGGAGUUCACGUGCCAGUACAAGGUGCAGAACCUUAAGUCUACACCACUCUGCCUCGACUACUGGUCGAACCCCAUGAAUCCAAAUGAAGCCAUCCUGGUGUUUGGUGAUGUAGGUGGCUAUGUGAAUGCUCUGUUCUUCAACUCGGCCCAGAUUGCCUUGUUUGAGCGCCCCCCAGCCCCUGCGGGGGAAAAACAAGAGACUUGCCUGAAUGUGGACAUUAGCAAGAUUUCGUACGGCAAAUACAAGAACGUCACCCACACCAAAUACCAUGCACACAAGAAAGAGUGGUGCAGACAAGUGAAGUACUCGCAGUACCUGGAGUGCUUUAUCAGCUGUGCGACGGCCAGCAACCGGUCCGUGGUGAUUGGUUGGAUGGAAAAACACACAUCCACCAACCAGCCUGCCAAACACAACUGGAGACUUAUGCAAGGGAGUGCUAGUUCUAAGAAGGAGAUCCAGCGGAUGUCUCACUUCACCAUCCCGCAAGGGGUCAACGCCUUCGACUUUAGCGACCACCUCAACCUUAUUGCCACUGCGGGUGUAAAUCAUCAGGUCUGCCUGUGGAAUCCCUACGUGGUCUCCAAACCUAAUGGCAUCUUGCGAGGUCACAUGGCAUCGGUGGUUCAGGCUCAGUUCAUCAAGAGUCGCAGUCAGCUGAUCAGCUUCUCCAAGGACAAGGUCCUCCGUAUCUGGGACGUCCAGCUGCAGGUCUGCAUACAGAGGCUUGCAGGCAUGUUCCCCAAAGGGCCAGAAGUAAUAGAUAGAAGAAAACGCAAACAAACUAAAACAGUUCAAAGUUCGCUGUUCUUUGACGAGGGUAAGGAUCGUCAAGGUGUUGAGCGGAGCCGGCUGUUCAUCUCGUUCAAUUACCAGCUUACUGUGAUGGAGAUGAAGGCCGAGAUCAAGGAUCGGAUCAUGUCACAUGACAAACCUGUUGUCACUGCCCUCUACAACUCCGUGUAUAACCAGGUUGUAAGCCUGUGCCAGGCUGGUACAAUGAUCAUGUGGAUGGUGGACACAGGUCAGAAGGUGAAACAGUUUGCCAACCUCCAUGGAAGCGCUGAGGUUACAUGCCUUACACAGGACUCCACAGAGACACGACUCUUAACUGGCUCCACUGACGGAACUGUUAAGAUAUGGGAUUUUAAUGGCCACUGCUCAUACAUCUUGGACUGUUCCGGAGGCCAGCCAGCGGACGUGGGCCAAAUUGUGAACCUUAAGAGAAGCACAGUGGUCGUUGGAUGGGCCAAGUACAUAACAGUGUUCAGAGACACAAAUUUCCGUGACUACCACGUACAGGCAGCGGAUUGGAAGGGGGGCCAAGAGCACAGUGAGGACAUCCUGUGUGCUGCCUUCCAGUCCCCAAACGUACUUGCUACAGGUUCAUACGACGGCGAGAUUGUCAUCUGGAACACAAACUCAGAGCAUUCCUCGCGUCAUCUCACCCAGCGCAUGAAGAAACAAGCUAAAUCACGUGGCAGUACAUUUGUAACUAAGACAAGGGAGAACACAAGUAUGUCCAUGGGUUCAAGACCAAAGUCUCGAGCAAUGUCUAGAGUGUCUGCCCAAAGCAAGAGUUCCGCUGGGGCUGGUGAGCGCCGGGAAAGUUUAGGGGCAGUUUCUGUUGACGAAGAGAAUGAGUACAGUGCAGCUAUUUCGAAGCUGGUAUUUCUUGAGGCACGGAAGGGCAACUCUGCGAGUGGGGGUGCAAACCUGGUGUCCUGCGGGGGAAAUGGAAUAGUCCGGUUCUGGAAUAGCUCACACUCCACUCUCAUUGCAGAGUUCACGGCUCACCUACACGCGGGGAGUAUAAUCAUGGGUACCGACAAGAACAACCAGUACCUGGUGACCGGGGAUGUAGACGGGGUGCUCAAAGUCUGGGAUAUCCUGGAGUAUGCCACACACGCCGUGGAAAAUCUCAUUACAACCCCACCUCCCCUGCACACACAGUUCCAGCCGCACCAGGACAUGAUCAACACGCUGGAGCUAUGUGAGAGGAACGAGCGCCUCAUUAUCAUCUCUGCAUCCUCUGACUGCAGUGUCGCCAUCUGGGAUGUGCAUGGAAACAGGAUCGGCACAUUUGGCCAGGAAGAACAUUGGAAGAUAGAGCCAUACAGCUUUAUAGAGGAGGAAGAAUAUGAAGACAUGAAAGAGGAGGAGGAGGAAGAUAUAGAGGUAUCUGAGGAGAGUGACGUGGAGUCAGAGUGGGCACCCGACCCCCGGGCCAUCGAUGAGCCUACCGAGUACCGAUUCCAGACCUGGGAGUCAACCUACCUAGGUAAGGCUUACAAAGCUCGUGAGGAGAAGCGGCAGCGUCGACAGCCUGGGACAAUUCCUGACCUUGCAUACCUUCACUGGGAGACAACCGGGCAGGCUCCAGCAGGACCAUAUUCUGCCCUGGAGACACAGUCGCUGAGCGAAAUCACACAGCCAGCAAAGCCUGACCCUGACAAGUACUUCCUGCAACGCCCUACCAGUGAUAGAAGACUCCCGAAACUGCCCGCCCUAUCUGACACCUUGAAUACCGCGUAUGAUGAGAAGUCACUAUUCCCUGCAUACAUCCGGGAGUUUGAGAUGAGGAUGAAACAGUACCAUGCCCAAACCUUGUCCAAUGCACAGCCAAAGCAAAGCAUUUCUAAGACACGCCCUAGUCUCCAGAAUAUUGGAAUGCAGUUAGGAGCCCAGAUGUCCAAGAGCCCAAAGGCAAAGAAUCUGCGCCAACAGGGGCUUGCUGGACUCAGACUGAAGCCCCUUGCCCCAGCCAGUGUCGCUUCCCGUCGCAGCUCAGUGACCACAGAGUCAUAGGUCAUCACCCUGUCUGGACAUUGGUCAUCCUUAAGGGUCUUUCAUGGGGGUUUGAGAGUAGGUGUGGGGAAGGUCCGGUGUUGACCACAGAGAACUUGUCUGCAAUAUUGAUGCUGUUAUGCCGUGUGGAUGUGAUAUGCAUAGUGAAAUGUUUCAUUUAAUUUUGUUUUCUGCAUUUUAAUCCCUUAAUAAAUGCAUUUUAGCUGGUCUGAAUUUUAGAAAAACAGUAUGACUUAUUGCAGUCACUAAGGUUCUGUCUUAUCUUGCGUUAGUCAACCAUUGCAUUUGUGUCAUUUUUUAAAUAUACUAUAUUGAAUUACUUGCAUAAAAGACAGUAUGCUUUUACUCAUAUGAUAGAUUUGUUGAAGAAAAUAAUGCAGAAUGUGUUGAACUUUAUAGUACCCAUAUAGUUAACAUUACCCAAUUCUGUAUUUUGAGUGGGAAACUACCUCUUUCUGAUAUAGAGAAAUAGGACUUACAAGUGAUAUAAGUGUCCGGAACAAAUGGACAGAGUUGUUUUUUCUUAACAGUAAUUUUACAAUGUUCAUAACAAUAAUGUUGUUUGAAAUUCACGCAACUGUUUCAUAGUUUUAAUUAUAUAAUGUCUUAACUGCUGAUCUAAGAAGGGAUUUUGCAAGUGUUUAAUAUGGUGUUUACUGCUGGUGGACGUACAAUUAUGCAGUAACGUUAUAAGAAAAGCUUUAUUUUAAUUAUGAAUUAUGUAUUUACGGACUGUGAUAAUAGUAAAUAUUAAUUUAUUGUUGUGUUUGAGAAAUUUAAUUGUUAUUAUUAGCAUUCGAAAAUAUUUAUACAAUUAAAAUAUACUGUUGUUUAUACUGCCAUAUUCAUAUUUUAUAAAAAACAUUCUUAGAAUUUUUCAAGAAACAAAAUGACAGUUCUGUUCAUCUAUUAAAGGAAGUAUAUUAUGUGUGUCUUACAGCAUGACAUGUCAAUAUUUCACUGGAUUGCACUAAUAUAUUUUGUAGUGAUUAGCAAAAACAGUGAUGACUAUUUUCUUUUGUAAAGAUAUGAAAUACAUGUAGUAACAUGAUAUUGAUACUGACUUGAUGUUCAUGAAAUAAAUGAAAUGGAAAUAGCUA